GUCCUCCCAGUCCUCCCAGUGCUCCCAGUGCUCAGUGCUCCGUGCUCCGGCGGUGGGGACAUGGCUAAGACGUACGACUACCUGUUCAAGCUGCUGCUGAUCGGGGACAGCGGGGUGGGGAAGACCUGCCUGCUGUUCCGCUUCAGCGAGGACGCCUUCAACACCACCUUCAUCUCCACCAUAGGAAUCGACUUCAAAAUCAGAACGAUCGAGCUGGACGGGAAGAAAAUCAAACUGCAGAUCUGGGACACAGCGGGUCAGGAGCGGUUCAGGACGAUCACGACGGCCUACUACAGAGGAGCGAUGGGCAUCAUGCUGGUGUAUGACAUCACCAACGAGAAGUCCUUCGAUAACAUCAGGAACUGGAUACGCAACAUCGAGGAGCAUGCGUCUUCAGACGUGGAGAGAAUGAUUCUGGGAAACAAAUGUGACAUGAACGACAAGAGACAAGUGUCCAAGGAGAAAGGAGAGAAGCUGGCGAUCGACUACGGGAUCAAGUUCCUGGAAACCAGCGCCAAGUCGAGCAUCAACGUAGAGGAAAGCUUCUUAACACUCGGCAGAGACAUCAUGACCAGACUGAACAGGAAAAUGAACGACAACAACCCGUCAGGAGCAGCCGGGUCGGUCAAAAUCACAGAGUCUCGCUCCAAAAAGAGCUUCUUCAGGUGUUCACUGCUGUAGCUCCUCCUCCUGCUCCUGCUCCUCCUCCUCGUCUUCUGACGGAUGCCGUCCUGCUGCAGGAGGUCACACCUGUGGAGACAUGAAGAACGUCUUCAUCAGAACCUUCUGGAACGGUUCUUCUUCUUCUUCUGUUCUUUAAUCUGCGUCUCCUCGGCAGAGUGAAGAAGAAAGAGAACGGAGAUGAUGAUGAUGAUGGUGAUGAUGAUGAUGAAGAUGACGAAGAGCUCAGGACGGUCAGAUGGUUUCUGUUUUUUAACCUAAGCUGAUUUGAAGUCGGUGUCUCACUCUGAUGGAUUUAUGGUGUUUCAUGUGUUUCAUAUUAAUAUAAUCUCUAUAAAGUUUAUCAUCGUUUAAAUGUUGAAGCAGAAAAAAAACAGUUUGUUUCUAAAACCAAAGAUUGAAGAUAAAUGUAGGAAAUAUUUCAUGUUUGAAUCUACGGAGCUGAUCGUUACUGUAAUAUAUAUAAAUAUAUAUUAUAGAAAUAUAUAGAAAUAUAUAUUAUAUUUAUAUAGAUAUAUAUAUAUAUUAUAUAUAUAAUAUAUUAUAUAUAUUAUAUAUCUAUAUGGUCAUAAUCGGUCACAUUAUUGACACAUUUAAAGAGACUUUUAUAUUUGUGAUAAUAAAAAGAAAAUGUUACAUGAAUUCAUUUCCUGUUACAUUUUAAAAUCAUAAUGUUUACGAAGCGUUUUAAGUUUUAAAUAAAAAGUCUUAAUAGUUUUAAGAUGCUUCAUUUAUAUUCACUUCAUAAUAGUUUCUAAAUAUGUCAAUAUUAAAUAAUCAAUAAUUAAUCUGAGCUGAUUCAGACCUUUAAUCACAGACUUAUAUCAAUAUAUAAUAUAUGAUAGUCAUCAUGUGACCUGAUGGUCAUGUGACUCGGUAGCAGAAAUCUUAAAAACAGCUUUGACUUGAAAUCAUUUAUUAAUCAGAGGAUCUCAGAAUGAUGCGUUCACUGACUCCAGAGAACUGUCCUUCAUUCAGACGGUGAGACGUUCAGUGUUUCAAUCAGCUCGUGUGCUUUUUGUUUGUGACUGAAGUUUUUGAUGCUUUUCUAUAUUUUUGUAUUUUCUCGUGUUUCUUUAACAUAAAAAAAGUUGAUUUUAUUUUUAACAUUUUAGAGGAAUUUUUUUAUCAAACUGUUUGUUUGAAUUCUUAUUUUUGUAUGAAUCUUAAAUAUUUCAUGUCUUAAAAGAGUUUUAUUCAUAUUCAACUUUUGUUCAUUUUCUGUUUAAUUAUCCUCAUUUAAUAAACAGAAACAUUAGAAGAAAUAUUAUGAAAACGACACAUUUAUAAACAAAAUCAGUUAAUAAUCAUAUUUCCUUUUUUAUGUCUUUAAAUAAUGAAUUAAUAAUUCACUUAAUUAAAUUAUAAUAAAUGUUCAGGAACAAAUUAUAAUCUGUCAGAGAUAAAUAAAUAAGAAAAAACUAAAUUUUAAAGUUUUUAAUUAUAAACAAAUUUAAAGACUGAAUCAUGAAACAUAAUUAUUAAUCUGUCGUUUUAAUUAUUUAGUUUUUGUUGUUUUUGUUCAAAUGUUCUGAAACGUUUCAUUUGAAGGAGUUUAAAUAUCUGACGUGUUAAACUGUGUUUUGUUUACAGACUCACUGCAGCAGUAUUAUUAUUAUUAAUAUGAUUGUUAAUAUGAUUAUUAAUAUCCAGCUUCAUGUUCUCUGUGUUCGUCAUGUCUCAGACCAGAGACAACAGAGACAUGUCCCCCGACCAAUACUGAAUACUUGAUUAAUCAAUACUGACUGCUCAGAAGUGAAAUUUAUGAAAAAUAAUUUCUCUGACAGUUUAAAUUUGUCUUUCAUUUCAGGUUCCUUUAAUCAAUAAUAAAUCAAUCAUCUUUGAUCCUUAAUAAUCAAUAAGUCAAUUGAUCCAGAGCAGCUGCUUGUGUUGAUGUUUUUUAUGUUCAUAAAGAAUUUAUCAAUUCAUUUUAUUCUAUUUUAAUUUCUUGACUUUGAUGUUUAUUCUUCAGUUCAAAGUGAUUAAAGAAUAAACAACCAAUCAAUAAAUCAAUCCUAAACAUAUAAGGUAUGAAUGAAUAAUAAAGACAUCAGUCGUGUCAUAAUCCAACAAGAAGUCCUGAAGUAAAAUAAACGUUUGUUUCUGUUUCUUAGAAGCAUUCUUUAUGUUUAAGAUCACAAACUGCUGCUGUUUGUGUUUAUAAUAAACAAUCAGCUGAUCAAUAACAGAUAUUGAUAUUAACGUUGCCUUUCUUUGUUUACUCUUAAAUGUUGGUUCGUUUCUGUUUGAACAUGUUUUCAUUUUACACUUUGCUCAACAGAUCUAUGCAAAAACAAAUGUAUUAAUAUUAUUAGUUAUUGAUCAGACAGAUAAUCUGAUUGACAGAUACGAAGACAAUGAAAGAAACAUUUAUGAGAAUUAUUAUCGCAAAUUUAACAAAACGCUCAGAAUCGUUCUGAUGUUGAUUUGUGAGUUUGUUUAUUUUCUGCUGAAUGCUGCUCAUCAGAGGACGUUAACACACAAGAUAUAAUAUUUAUAUAUUAUAUAUAUAUAUAAUAUAUAUAUAUAUAAAUAUAAAUAUAUACAUUAUAUAGAUUUAACUAUAAAAUGAUUAUUGGUGUGAAAAUGUCUUCAGCCAGAAAAUAAAGGAAGCUCUUAAUGUGAAAUGAUUGAAUGUCAGUUGAUCAAUAACUGAAAGCACUCAGUGACCUUUGACCUCUUUAAAUCCUCAGUUCUGUUAUUUGUUUGUCAUUUCCUGUUCUGUGAUGUCAUCGCCCGGUCAGCUGUUUGUACAAUAAACAAC